CGCUCAUUGACUCUCACCCAAGAUGGCGCAGCAGGUGAACAUCACGGAGCUGACGCUGCCGCAGCUCGAGGUGCUGAAGAACCAGCUGGACCAGGAAGUGGAGUUCCUCUCCUCCUCCAUCGCCCAGCUCAAGGUGGUGCAGACCAAGUACGUGGAAGCCAAGGACUGUCUGAAUGUGCUCAACAAAAGCAAUGAAGGGAAGGAGCUGCUAGUCCCGCUAACCAGCUCUAUGUACGUCCCCGGGAAGCUCUCCGACGUUGGCCACGUGCUGGUAGACGUGGGGACAGGCUACUACGUAGAAAAGACAGCAGACAAUGCCCGAGAUUUCUUCAAAAGGAAGAUCGACUUCCUGACCAAACAGAUGGAGAAAAUUCAGCCGGCCCUGCAGGAAAAACAUGCCAUGAAACAAGCUGUGAUGGAAAUGAUGAGCCAGAAGAUCCAGCAGCUAACGGCCAUGGGGGCUUCACAGGCUGCAGCAACGAAGGCAUAGCCUUUGGCAUUGGUCCCCCGGGCCCCGCACGCCGUGGCUUGACUGAGGCAUUUUGUUCUGUUACGAGCAGAGUCUUAAAAUCACCGAGGAAGCAGCUGGGGCCGAAACCCUCCCAGCCGUCGGGAGGCAUCUGCUCUUUGUGCUGGUGGCUGUUACGUGCGCGCAGUGUCUUAAAUGCAAACCUGGGGGAAACGCUUCCCCUUUUGUAUGUGGCAGGUGAUAUCAAUGUGCCAGAUAAAUUAAAGCAGUGCUGAAUGGUA